AUGAAUACUAGAUUGUAUUGUGUUUCAAAGUAUGAAUAAUUUGUAAUUAUUGCUUUUGAAUUGAUAAAGAAGGAUUAAAGAAAUAAAAACUUAUACAGUAGAUCUGGUAGAGAAUUAAGAAAUAUAGGUGAAGUAUUAAAAAUUACCUUUUGAAGAAUUAUUUUAAAUUAAAAUUGAUUUUUAAUCCUUUUAAAGUUCUUUUAAUAAAACUAAGAAAAUUCAUAGAUUAAUAAGGAGGUGUUUAGAAGUUAUAACAACUGAUAAUUUUGUUUUGAGUUCUUUAACAGGUAAAAUCUUAAAGCAGAAAUUUAAUUCUCAAAAUAGUUAUAAUUUAAAAAGAUCAACUUCACUUUUAGAGUAAUCUAUUAAAUAAGAUGCAUAUUUAGAGGGAUCUCUUAGGUUAGAAUAGGAUAUUUCAACAUUUUUCCUUAUUCUCUUUUAGGAUUAGGAAUGUUGA